CAUCAUUUUCUGGUACUCUCUGCCCUUUGUGCCAUGAGCAUGACCAUGCCUUUACCUGAUUUUUACUCAUACUCCCCUGCUACUGGGGAUGGCAGUGGAACUGAAUUUUCCACUGCACACGAGGGUCGCAUCACUGGAGUCAGAGUUUAUGAAUAUCCAAACUAUGGAUACUACUCCAACAACUACCUCAAUGGGAUCCAGCUGCAAUAUAACAGUAACUGGACAGAACUGGUUGGUGUGAACGCUUAUGGCAAUGAAAAGGAGAUGACACACUCUUCAACAAUGAACAUUUUGUUUCAGAUCUCAGGAAAGUAUUAUUCUGGUUACAUCAGUGAGCUUAUGUUUGUCACUAACGAGGGGGCGCUCUUUUAA